AUGCGUUCAGUUUUCGGCGGAGUCUCAGACGCGUGGUUUCUGUCGCCGGUGUUCAUGCCGGUUUAUCUGGAGCAUGGCAACAUACAGGGGAGUAGCUUACUCAGUCAGUGCUGCUGUGCUAGUCGCGGUUCGACACCUGGGGCAGCUCGAAAGUGUCAGCACCUCAAGACGACGAUUGAUGGAGGCGGCAGCGGCGACGACGAGGGUGUUUUCACCAUUCCGGAGAGUCGCGAAACGAGUCUGCCUCCUUUGCUUUCUCCGCCACCGCCGUUCUAUCCGGAAACCGGCAUUAAAGGCGAGAAAGGCGACCCAGGUGCAAUGGGCCCGAAAGGGGACAAAGGCGAUAGCGUUGUUGGUGAACCGGGAACCCCUGGUUCAUCGGUGAAAGGUGACAAAGGUGACCGUGGCGAACCGGGUCCGCCGGGACAGUGCGAAUGCGACCUGUCAGCAUAUGUCAGCCAGCUGCAAGGAAUUCAGGCCCAACCAGCAGCGAAAGGCGAGAAGGGCGAAGCAGCCGAAGCCGGAAUUUAUCAGCUGACAAUGGAGGACAGACAUCAGUUAAGAGGAGAAAAGGGCGAGAAAGGUGACAGAGGUGACAUUAUUUACGCUAACGUUCCAGAAAUGAACUAUAUUCCUGGUCAGAAGGGUGAAGUAGGUCCUCCCGGUCCGCAAGGCCCUCCUGGACUGCCAGGGCCUCAAGGCCCACCUGGUAGAAUGGGACCGCAGGGACCUGUUGGAGAAAUUGGCCCAUCUGGUUUUCCGGGUCAACCAGGAGAACCAGGUCAGAGCAUCAAAGGAGAGAAAGGUGAACCUGGUGGAUAUGCUUAUACUUCGGACGAUUACAAACAUGCACCAGUGCCGGGCCCCCCUGGUUCUCCUGGUCAGCGUGGACCACCGGGUCCAGCAGGACCGCAAGGACCAGCUGGGCCUCAAGGCCGUCAGGGCCUUAUGGGAUAUCCGGGUCCUCCCGGUCCGCCUGGCGAACCCGGUCCUGCGAGUACGUUUUCCAACGUCGUCCCUGGCGCUGAUCAUCCGUACGCAAGGGGUGAACCCGGAGUUGGUUUGCCGGGCCCGCAAGGACCUGCUGGACCUCAAGGGCCCCCUGGAAUACAAGGCCCUCCAGGCAAAUGCUGCGGCGAUGACGCCAACAUUCUUAAGUCUACGCGAGCAAAGAAAAUUAUUCCAGGCGUUUUGAUAUUUUCGACUAACUUGCACUUGAUCUAUGCAUCCAACAGAGUUCCGGUUGGUACACUGGCCUUCUCUUCUUCGUCAGAGCAGCUUUUUGUGCGCGUUAGAGAUGGUUGGCGAAUUGUCAAGCUUGACAGCUUCCAUCACACUUUAGAAGAUUACACGGAAAAAGAAUCAACUGCUACGCCCAGAGAAAUUUUGCGGCACGAGAUCGAUCAGAAGAUUAGCCGGAAGGAAGUGUUGCAUCUCGUUGCGCUGAACUCUCCGUUCACUGGCAACCUGCACGGCGUUCGAGGGGCAGACGUGGCUUGUUACCACCAAGCCCGAGCCGCCGGUUUUACUACCACGUUCAGAGCGUUCAUCAGUUCCCAGGUGCAGGAUCUGGACAAAAUUGUUCACUAUAGCGAUCGAUUGUCGGUGGUAGUCAACCUGCGGGGCGACGUGAUCUUCGAUUCAUGGGAAAGUUUGUUUCGCGGUGAUGGAGCCCAUUUCCGGACCAAAGCUCCGAUAUAUUCGUUCAGCAGGAGAGAUGUUCUGCGCGACAAUAUCUGGCCAACGAAGUACGUGUGGCAUGGCUCGGAUAUGAUGGGUACUCGUAAUAUUGGAAAGUAUUGUGAUGCCUGGCGUUCUGAGAGUAACAAGAAGGUAGGCAUGGCGUCGCCGCUCGAGAGAUAUACUCUCCUUAGUCAAGAAGCUUUUCCCUGCAGUAACUCAUUUAUUGUUCUCUGCAUUGAGAAUAUGAGUAAAGGUAAUGUUGAAAGACGCCUGAAGCAUAAAAAAGGAAAAGGUGAAAAACGCUUGCUAGACGAAGAAGCAUUGUUCUAUGAUGAGAAAGAAAAAGAUAUAAUGAAGGAGCCAAAGAAUGUCGAAACUCUUAAGUAG